AUGACAGUCAUCGAUAUCACAUCCAAGGACCAGUUCACGCAACAGACUACGGUGGCUGCCGGCUCUAAGCUUGUGGCGCUGUACUUCCACACAGCCUGGGCCGAGCCAUGCAAGGCCAUGAGCGCCGUGUUUUCUGCUGUGAGUGAGGAACCGGCGCACAAAGAUGUCCUAUUCCUUGCGAUUGAUGCAGACGAGCAUGCGGAAAUCUCUGAGCUGUUUGAGGUGGCGGCGGUUCCGUACUUCGUCUUGAUCAAGGAGGGGGCCAUCGUAAAAGAGAUUUCUGGGUCGGACCCCAAAGACUUCGUCAGCGCAUUAAAUGAAUACACCGCCGGUAGCAACUCCACAGGCGCUGCCGCCACUGCAUCUGCACCUGCUGAAGAGUAUGGUGAGGAGGAAACAGAGGAACAACUACAGGAACGGCUCAAGAAGCUGACCAGCGCUGCUCCUGUAAUGUUAUUCAUGAAAGGAACACCAUCUGAACCGAAAUGUGGUUUCUCCAGGCAGAUGGUUGGUAUCUUACGUGAGCACCAAGUGAGGUUUGGCUUUUUUGACAUUCUUAAGGACGAGAGUGUGAGACAGGGGCUGAAGACGUUUUCAGAUUGGCCCACGUUCCCGCAAUUGUACAUCAAUGGUGAGUUCCAAGGUGGCCUAGAUAUCAUCAAGGAGUCCUUGGAGGAAGACCCUGAGUUUUUCCAAAACACUCUAAGCUCCUGA